AUGGCAUCCCUCAAUCUCUCAACCAACGGUCCCUCCAUCAACAAAAGCUACCAAUCUGUCGUCAACGCCACUCUCCCCUCGAGUUCCCCAACUUAUGGUCAAUGGGCUCUCUUUUCCGUGUCCGCCCCGCUAGUCAAUGCCUUUCAACAGGAUGGCGGAAAUAAAGAGAGUGUCCUGAAGGUCCAAACUACCGGAGAUGGUGAAUUGGACGAUCUGAUUGAAGAAUUCUCCGAGGGUCGGGUUCAAUUCGCCUACCUCAAGGUCAUUGACCCAAACACCGGUCUGCCCAAGAAUGUGUUGAUCGCAUGGUGCGGUGAAGGUGUCCCCGAGCGGACAAAGGGGUACUUCACCAGUCACCUAGCCAGCGUUUCCAAGUUCCUACAUGGGUACCAUGUGCAAAUCACAGCUCGCGCCGAUGGUGAUCUGACCCCGCAGGGUAUUAUCCAACGGGUCGGAGAUGCUUCGGGCUCCAAGUACUCGGCUUCAUCACAGGGUCCCGCCGUGACUCCGGCUGCCAACCCCCGUCCUCCCGUCGCGACUAAGCCCGCCUUCACUCCGUCCCGAUCCGGCGGCAUCUCUGUCCCAGCGCCCUCAGCCCCCCGCCCCUCGGCCUCAUCCAACGUGGAUGAUGAUGGCUGGGGUGCCGAUGCUCCCCCCGUCACGAGAUCUCAACUCGAAAAGGUCCAACCGGCUUACCAGCCUACACGCGUGAACCUACAGCAAUUGAAGUCGGAGAACCAGGCCCCUGCCCCACGACAGGUUCCUACGGCUUCGGGAAGUGGCGCUGAUGUGGUUGGUGGUGGCUACCAGCCCAUCGGCAAGGUCGACAUUGCGGCAAUCCGGCGACAAGCAGCCGCCUCGGGUGAGACCAAAGAUGAACGUCCUACUAUCGUGAAGGGCUCCUACGAGCCGGUAGGCAAGGUGGACAUUGCGGCCAUUCGGGCCAGAGCUCAGAAGCCGGACGAUGCCCCCGAGCCCACCAGGAGCCCUGCUCCUGUUUCUCAAAAUGAGCCAGUCAACCUGCCCGUGCGACCGGCCGUGGGUGAGAGCUCCUCCGAGCGACUGACAUCUUUGCCCAAGCCCAAGGUUGCGAACAAAUUUGGAGGAGGCCCAUCGUUUGGUGGCACCAAGCCGCCUCUUCCCUCAGGACCCUCCUCGGCCACCGCUGCCGCCGCGCAGAUCGGCAGCGCCAGCCGUACCUUUGCCGACCAAGGAGGCAAGACUCCAGCCCAGCUCUGGGCAGAGCGCAAGGCCAAGGAGCGUGGUGAGGCUCCUACCCCCACCCCCGCCGCCGAGCCAUCGCAGCCCAUCCAGAGUCAGGCCAGCGGUCAGAAUGAGUGGAAGAGUUCUUACGCUGGCAAGUCUUGGGCUACCGUCCAGACUGUGCAAGAUAGAGCCGCCCCCGAAGUGGCUGAUGUGAGAGCCGGCGAGCCUGCCGACACGGCGGGACCUCCCUCUCACGUCCAUGAUAUUCGCGACCAAUUCGCCCAGGAGCCCUCGCAACCCACUCCUCCUCCCGUUCCUCAGGCCAACCCUCCCUACUCCUCCCCCGCAACCGCGCUCCCCCCACUCCCCCCACUCCUCCCGUUCGCGAGAGCUCCCCCCAUCCAGGUGGUUAUGCCCGUCGGCCGAGGCGCUGAAGAACCGGCUGUGGCAGAUGCUCACGAGGAGCAGGACGCUCCUCCGCCUCCGAUGCCCGUUCGCAGCCUCCAGGAGGCCAUUCCUGAUGAGAGAGAUCUCGAGGAGACCCAGGACCUUGGCCGAGCGACCGCUGAAGCCACCACCGCCGGUCAUUCCCAGGGCGGAAUCCGGGCUCAAGUGCAGUUUGACUACGAGAAGGCAGAGGACAACGAAAUUGAACUUCGCGAAGGAGAGUUCGUGACUGAAAUUGAGAUGGUUGACGAGGAUUGGUGGCUGGGUGUUAACGCUCGUGGUGAACACGGUUUGUUCCCUGGAAACUAUGUUGAGGUCGUGGAGGAUGACCAGGCCGGUGCGCCCAUCCAUGAACCCGCCCAUGAGCCAGUCCGUGAGCCUUCACCCGAACCCGAGCCUGUUCCUGUUGCUGCGCCUGUUCCCGCUGCUGUUCCCGCACCACUCCCCGUGGCACCAGCCAGCUCGAAGGGACAGACAGCGACUGCGCUGUACGACUAUGAGGCAGCCGAAGACAACGAGAUCAGUUUCCCCGAGAACGCGAAGAUUCAGAACGUGGAAUUCCCGGAUGACGAUUGGUGGCUUGGAGAUCACGUGCCGCCCAUCAACAAUUCCCGAGGCCGCAACCUCCUCCGUCCACGCCGCGCGAGGGUCCUUCGUUUCGAACUUCCAGCGCAGCUCAUUUUCUUCUUCUUUUGA